AGGUGCUCAAUCGCUGGUUUGAAUCAGAGCCGUUGAGAGCCACGUUAGCCACAGACUCUGUGAUUGGUGCAAACACAAGCCCAAAUAAUCCUGGAAGUGGAUACGUCCUGCUGCACCAUGUCAUGGGUGAGCUGGAGAAAGAGAAAGGUGCCUGGGGUUACGUGGAGGGAGGAAUGGGUGGAGUGUCUCAAUCGAUCGCCCGCUCCGCCCGCUCUCUCGGAGCAGAUAUGUUCACAAACAGGGACGUUGAACAGGUCCUUAUUGGUCAGGAUGGUUCUGCCAAGGGCGUUGUGCUGACAGAUGGAACUGAAGUCCACAGUAAAGUGGUUCUGUCCAACGCCACUCCCUACAUCACCUUCAAACAGCUCACACCACAGGAUGCCCUGCCAGAGGCAUUCAUCACGGCUGUAGAUCAGAUUGACUACACUUCUCCUGUUACUAAGAUAAAUGGUAAGAUUACAGAGAAUUUAACGCUUCAUUUCAUCAAACUAAAUAUGCAUUUCAAGAAAAAAAGAAAACAGUGCUUGCAAGGCGGCAAAAGAAGAGUGUUCAUAUUUCAGGCUUUGGUUCUGGGGAAGGAAGCUCUAUUGUUGUCUUGACACUAAGCAAGCAAGACAAGACCAAAGAUAAUUCAUUAUGCCAAUAGGAACAUCAAAGAAUACCAGCUGGAAUCCACAGUCCAAAAUGUUAUGAU